GGGUUUAGCAGUCACCUGGGCAGAAAGGGCUUAUCAAGCCUUCUGAGAGGCCAGCAGGGUCCAGACAAACUCAUCAGGGAGGCUUCUCCAUGCUCACCCCUCUGGUCUGUCCACAGCACUUGUUGAGGACAUCACGUUGAUCUUCAAGGAGUACUUGAUCUGCAGCAGCACCGACCUCAGCCACAAGCUGCAGUCGGUGAAAGGCACGGGCCUGUUCAUCGGAGAUGAGAACAAAUUCAUCUUCAACAAGGUUCUGGUUGGGCAAGAGGCUGAAGCUCAUUUCAGUAUCUACAGUGCAAGCCGUCUGCCAUGUGACGUGGUUCUCUCCAUCAAACCCCUGCCUGGAAAGGAACAAAUCCCUAUCAACAACAUUUUCAAGUUGGAUCCAGUCAAGAUGUCAGUUCCUGGCUCAUCCUAUGCCGUUGCUACAGUGACCUUCACCCCACCAGAUGAGCAGAACUACGACUGCACCUUCAAGGCUUCCCUUGACAUCCCAAAAGGCUAUGUGGAAAUUAAACCCCAAAUCCUGACCUUCACCAUCAGUGGGAAGGGGCAGAAGCUGCCAGUGACAGUCGUACGCCCAAGUGCUCGCAGCAAGAGGGGAACGGCCGUGCUGCGCUUCAAGAGGCUCCGGGUGGGGGAUUCAGAGAUGCUCCCCCUGGACAUCCAUAACGACGGCAUCGUACCCGUCAAGUUUAUGUUACGCCUGGAACACGAGUACGGAGCGUUCUUCUUGAAAGGCAGGGACUCCACACUCAAGGUAUUCCACACUGAAGAUGUGGAAGAGGACUCCACUGGAAACG